AUGGAAUCGUUAGAGCAAGAGCGCCACAAUGGCUGCAACGUGCUGCAGCCAGCAACCAGCAGCACUAAUAAGCCAGCGGAUGCGAGCAACGACCACGAGGACGACCACGAACAGGCGCAGGACGGCCAGCCGGAGUCGGCGAAUGUCCCGCGGACCUCAAUGUCUGGCAGUCAGCCCCUUUAUGAAUUACAAGUGGUUGUUUGGCCAGCUGAUGUUGGGGCUGUUGAUGACAUUGCCACAACUGCAACAACAGCAAUGGGAACAACAACACCAGCAGCAGCAGCAGCUAGUACCACAAUGAAAACAACAACAGCAGAUGGAACACCUACAAUGUUGCCUUUAUAUGAGGAUCAAUUGGUCGUAUUUCCGCAAAUGGAAUUUGAUGAGCAAAAUUUUGAUUAUUUCUUUGAUGAGCUGCAACCGGGGGCCGCAUCCACAACUACAUCCACAUCCACAACCACGCCAAAGUCCACCCCAAAACCCGACCCACCGCAGCAAGUUUAUGUGCUGGAAAACUAUCGCAUCAAACACGCCAACGGCACCGAGGAGUAUAAACUGGUGCUCAGCAACGGCAUGGCCAACUACAUGAAACUGUAUCGGAAAACUGUUGGCGAGCGGCUGAUCAAUGUGCAGGAGGGCUAUCAUUCGGUGCCUGUAGCUGGGCAGAAGCCGCGGAUCCAGACGAUUUACUACAUUGCCGACGAGCGUGGCUACAACGUCUACAAAAUUGAGCACAGCCCCCAUUGA